AUGAGCAUCACAGACAUCACAGACCGCGUGAUGCUCAGUGCUUAUGGAUGCCCUUUCUCGGCUGCCAACCGGGAGUUGCCUGAUCGGCUCAACAUCCCGUCUAGUGUACCUCAAGAGACCAAAGAUGGCCUAAGGCGGUGCCCAACACCUGGCUGCAAUGGUAGUGGACACCUCAAGGAGAAGUACACGGUGCACCACAAUGCAUCUGGUUGUCCCCUUGCAACAGCACAUGUGGGUGACGACAGCAGCCAGGACAGCCCUUCAGCAGCACCAACACAACCACGAGGAAGAGGACGGCCACGCAAGAUACGGACGCCUGAUGUUGUACCCAAUGCAGGACGGCUCAAGAAUCAAGAGUUGCCACAGACUGUGCAUCAAUCGGUCUUUGGAGCGACACGGUCAGAAGAGCGCCCUCUGGGUCUUGAGCAGCACUGGCCGCAGUUGGAUCUGGUGCCGGGAUCGUUGGUGUCAGACUGGUCCCUGAGCCAAGUGGCACACUUUGUCAGCUCCCUGCCAGGGUGCCAAGGUCUUGCUGCCAUUUUCAAAGAACAGGAGAUCGAUGGCGAGGCCUUCCUGCUGCUCAGCCAAACCGACCUGGUGCGCAACCUCCGGCUCAAGCUUGGUCCCGCCCUCAAGGUUCACAGUUGUAUCCUGCGCUUCCGCAGCAGUCUAGCCCCAUCCUGAGCAUCUU